AAUCAGUCAUGACUAACAACUCCUUGAACGACACCCAGAAAUGGGAAUGCGUCUGGUUGAGGUUACAUAUAAAUAUAGUAGUUAUCGGUGCAACGAGUGUACUCGGAAUUAUCGGAAAUAUGGCAGCUUUCUACAUCUUAGGAAGAGAUAACCUAAGCCCCGUUGCAUCUUUCUUGCUACGGGUCUUGGCUAUAGUGGACAAUUCAUGCUUAAUUCUGGCGUUUAUUCAUAUACUUGUUCGGGACAUCCUUUACGUUGCUACUGAAGAUUUUCAAGUACACUCCAAAGAUUUGAGUUGGGCCUACUUUAGAAACUAUACCUAUCCAUUGCUAUUCGUCAGUCAAAUGGCUACCAUGUAUAUGACGGUAUUAAUUGCCGUUUCCAGGUUUGUCGCUGUAAAAACACCUUAUAAAGCAGCUGAAUGGUUCAGCAUGAGAAAUACCAAAAUAUUAACGGUUAUAGUUUUAUUAUUCAGGGAUGUCGAGUAUUAAAGUAUUUAAUAAUAGUAAAAAUAUUGAAUCUCUAAACUUUUUUCCGUUCUCUUUCAAUCUCUUUUUUUUAUCUUUCUCUCUCCUUCUCUCUCUCUUCUCUGUCUCCACUUAAUAUUUUUCAUCUUUUCCUUUCUCUGUCUAAAUGUCUAGCUGUCUCUCUCCCACCCUCCUUUAUUUUUCUUUUCUAAAUCCAUAAGACUUAAGUGUGAAUACCUUUCUUAACCAUUUUUUUUUCCUUUUUUUUUUUACACCACUCACAAAUUAUUGAUUCUCUCCUUCAAUGAUUAACGAUUUAUGUUAAAAAUCAGGCAGUUUUUUUUUAUUUAUAGCAAUAAAGUAUAUAUAAAUAUGUAAAGAUACAUAAAAUAUAUUUUAUAUUAAAG